GGAGACAGGGUUGUUGGUGAAAGUGGAGAGGAUCCCAAAUCCUCCUCCAGGCCUCACCACCCCCGGGUUAUUUUCUAGCGGAGGUGGGCCCCGGAGACAGUCCAUUGCUGGGGAAGGCUUGGGUCAGACACAAGAAUAGGAGCCGCCAGGGGACGGGGUAGCUGGCACUGGGAACAGGUUUUGGGGACAACACCCCGAAAGUGAGUGCAGCUGGGGGAAAAAACUGCGGCCCCCUAGGGCCAUCCAGCUGGAGAGGAAGUUUGUUGGAAGGUAGAGGGGCCGCUUGGAGAGGAUCCACCGGUAGGUGCCGCGGGAGGGCGCAGGCUGCAGGCGGCUCGGGGAGGGGGCCGGGGCGCGAGGCGGAGUUCGGGCGCGCCGCCAGGUUGGUGGCCCCCCCUAUCCCCCGGGCUGCAGAUUCCCUCCGGCUCCCGGGAGCCGCGGCAGGACCGGACAGGAGCCGCCAUGGAGGGAAGCCCCAUCCCGGUGCUGACCGUGCCAACGGCACCCUAUGAGGACCAGCGGCCCACUGGGGGAGGGGGGCUGCGGCGGCCCACCGGGCUUUUCGAGGGCCAGCGCAACUACCUGCCCAACUUCAUCCAGAGCGUGCUGUCGUCCAUCGACCUGCGCGAUCGCCAGGGCUGCACCAUGGUGGUGGGCAGCGACGGCAGGUACUUCAGCAGGACGGCCACGGAGAUCGUGGUGCAGAUGGCUGCGGCCAACGGGAUUGGACGACUGAUUAUUGGACAGAAUGGCAUCUUGUCGACACCUGCUGUUUCCUGCAUUAUCAGAAAGAUCAAAGCAGCUGGUGGAAUUAUCCUGACAGCCAGCCACUGCCCUGGAGGACCUGGGGGAGAGUUUGGAGUGAAGUUUAAUGUUGCCAAUGGAGGUCCUGCACCAGAUGUUGUUUCAGACAAAAUCUAUCAGAUCAGCAAAACAAUUGAGGAAUAUGCUAUAUGUCCUGAUCUUCGAAUUGACCUGUCUCGACUAGGAAGACAAGAAUUUGACCUGGAGAACAAAUUCAAACCAUUUAGAGUGGAGAUAGUGGACCCAGUGGAUAUCUAUCUCAAUCUCCUUCGGACCAUCUUUGACUUUAAUGCCAUCAAAAGUUUGCUAGCUGGGCCUGGCCAACUGAAGAUCCGAGUUGAUGCUAUGCAUGGAGUUAUGGGACCCUAUGUGAGAAAAGUCCUGUGUGAUGAGCUAGGAGCCCCAGCCAAUUCUGCAAUAAACUGUGUUCCCCUGGAAGAUUUUGGCGGGCAGCAUCCUGAUCCAAACCUGACAUAUGCAACGACCCUUCUGGAAGCUAUGAAAGGAGGGGAAUAUGGAUUUGGAGCUGCAUUUGAUGCUGAUGGGGAUCGUUAUAUGAUCCUAGGCCAAAAUGGCUUCUUUGUGAGCCCUUCUGACUCCCUGGCCAUCAUUGCUGCCAACCUCUCUUGCAUUCCAUAUUUCCGUCAGAUGGGGGUCCGAGGGUUUGGGCGGAGUAUGCCCACCAGCACGGCCCUGGACAGAGUGGCCAAGUCAAUGAAGGUCCCUGUGUAUGAGACCCCAGCUGGAUGGAGAUUCUUCUCAAACCUGAUGGACUCGGGACGGUGCUCUCUGUGUGGAGAAGAGAGCUUUGGCACUGGCUCCGAUCACCUCCGGGAGAAAGAUGGCCUGUGGGCUGUCUUGGUCUGGCUCUCCAUUAUCGCUGCCCGGAAGCAGAGUGUAGAGGAAAUUGUUCGAGAUCACUGGGCCAAAUUUGGCCGCCACUACUAUUGCAGGUUUGACUAUGAGGGGCUAGAGCCCAAGGCGACAUAUUACAUCAUGAGGGACUUGGAGGCCCUGGUCACAGACAAGUCCUUCAUCGGCCAGCAGUUUGCUGUGGGGAGCCAUGUCUACAGUGUGGCAAAGACAGACAGCUUUGAGUAUGUGGACCCUGUGGAUGGCACUGUGACCAAGAAACAGGGCCUGAGGAUCAUUUUCUCUGAUGCAUCACGGCUCAUCUUCCGGCUCAGUUCCUCCAGUGGCAUGCGGGCCACCAUCAGACUGUAUGCAGAGAGCUAUGAGAGGGAUCCCAGCAGUCAUGACCAGGAGCCACAGGCAGUGCUGAGCCCUCUGAUAGCCAUCGCACUGAAAAUAUCCCAGAUUCACGAGAGAACCGGCCGGAGGGGUCCCACUGUUAUAACCUGAAGGAAGAAACCAUGACUCACCAGGCCCAAAGGAGAGCGGUCUGCGGGAGACACGUCACCCACGCCUUCUUGCUACCUGUUUGUGCCUCUUAUGACUUUGGAAAAAAACCCACAAAAGAUAAUUUGCUGGUGGGGGUGGGGGGUGGGAAAAUAAAAAAAUCUGUUUUGUUUGGGUUUUGGUCAGUUCCUCCCAAUGCAAUGGGGUCUUCAGUUAUCUGUUAAAGCUGCACUAUCAUUUUCCUUGGUAUGUUAUCACACAAAGGAACAUCCCCUUUUGAGAAAGAGUAAGUGGGCUAGGAAACUGUUCAUCACGACAUCUGGGCAUCAGUGGUGCCAGGUGAGAAAAGGUUCUGAAAUGUAAUGGAGGAGAGUCCAAUGCCAGAAUUGAGCAGACCCCAAGCCACAGGUACCCUUGGGCAGACCUAAGAAGACCCUCCUCAGCAUGGAGGAGGAUUUAGCUUUUCAUCCAAGGCCAGCUUUUCCAUUAGGGAAUUUGUAGACCUCCCAAUAGUUCACCUUAUCCCACCAACCACUUGAUGACCCACUUUCCCACCUUCCAUCUCCAAAGUCCCCGUGCCACCUUCUCUCACAUCUUCUAAAGCUUUCUACACAUCACAAUGGCACACCAUCAACAAAACAUAUCAAAGGGUGUUCUCUCUUAUUUUGUAGAUAUUAUUUUAACUAUUGAGUUGGCUGCAUUCCUUCAAAUUCAGCCAUUCAUUAUGUAGGUGGGAAAUCAUUUUUGGCAGGACUCCACAAUGCGUGUUUAAAAUUUUCAGGCCCUCCCUUGAUCACAUCACUGAGGGUGAUACAUGGGUUUAUACUCAUUCCUCCUGGGAAGACAAAAUAUCACCACGUCUGAUCUCUGACGUUUUCUCCGCUAUCUUAUCUCCCAAUAAGGGCCCAUUUUUAUGCACUUGUUUGGACACAGUUCAGCUCUUACUUAUAAUGACUGUAAAAGGAGACAAUGAAAUGCUGUGAAAGUAGGAAAUGAAAUGGAUGCUGGAAGCAAACCUUAUUGGUGUGGUGGUACAGUUAUGGGCCUGAUGAGAUGCAGGUCAGAGCGGGGACCCCUGCUGGAGAGCAUAGGGUCACAGCUGGCUGGCUGUGCCCAGAAAAAGGGUACCACAGCCUCAGCAGCCUCCCUCUGACUCAGCCAGGACACUGGGCGCGUGGGACCUGUUUGCAUAUGUUUUGCUUCCUUGGGAACGGCACUCUCACUUAUCGUGUCAUUUGGACUGAUGACGUGGUGUGCUUUGACUGUUAAGCCGUUUGUUAUUGCUGUAGUUAGGAUUAGUGAAAGCAGGGAAACCUUCCCACUAAGGUUUUUGUUUCUAUUUUCUAUCUAUGCCUGUCAGAAACUUACUAGGACAUUUAGUUUCCAAUAAAAAAAAGGAAUUCCUAUUUCAACCUUA